AUGAACGAGCCACAUUAUAUAGCACCGGAAGUAGCACAACAAAUAUCAACAGAAGCCAUGAAUUUAUUAAAACCAGUCUCGGAUUCUUCAACAACAAAAAAUCCAACAGGAAUAAAUGCAACAACAAUAAAUCCAACAGGAACAAAUGUAACAACAAUAUAUCCAACAGAAACAAAUGCAACAAAAAAUCCAACAGGAACAAAUGCAACAGCAACAUCAAAGAAUUCUGGCUCGAAAUCGUCUUCAUUUUUAUGUUCUAAUUGUGGUCCAGUGGUACAUAGCUUCGUUGGUGGUUUUAAUUAUAAUCAACCAACUGCUAAUGUUUCUAAUGCUCAGGAACCACAUAAAUCAGAUGAAGUUCAUAAAGAUCCACCAAAUACAUUUACUGCUCAAUGUACUGCUGCAACAACAACAACCACUACUGCUGCUCUGACAACUGUUCCAUCAUUUUUAUUGGGAACACCUGCUACGACCGCUGCUGCAUCUACUACAGCAACCACAGAAUUUUCAUUUCCAACUUCAUCUACAACAACAAGAACAAUCGGAUUUGUAGCACCUAGAACAAGUACUGCAAGUACUUGUACGCCUACAUUGUCAAGUAUGCCAACACUUACUACAGCCGCAACAACAACUAGUGUACCAACUAUAAGUACAGGUAAUUUAUAUACAACAGAAACACUCGAAUCAUCUGAUCCAAUGGAUCAAUUAUUAUCACAAUUAAAUGAUCUUGUUGAAUAUUCUAUUUAUUUGAUACAAAAAGUUGAAGAUAUUAAAAUAAAUUAUAAACAAUGUCAAGAUGUUUUAGAUUGUGGUGAAAAACGUUCACAAACAAAUAGCUUAAGUGUUUCUACUGAAGAUAUGAUUGCAACAGCUAAAAAUAUUUAUACAGGAAUGUUAGCAGCUGGUUCAAAGUUAAUCAAACACAUAAAAUGGUCGAACUUGGCUAUUAUGCUUAGUAUUCUUUUUCUAUGUAUUAUUAUUCUGGAUAAAACAUGUCAUACAGUGCCAAUGAUGAUGAUUGCCAAUACAUGUUUAAGUGCAAUUAUAGUAGGAUGUAGUUUAUUGAGUAUAUGUAUAUUUACACUUGAAAAUGAUGUUAAACAAAUUUCAUAUGAAGAUUCAUUUUGUAUUUUACGAGGUUAUUUUUCUUAUGCUUCAUGUGCUCUGUUCGAUUAUUCAUUUCUAUUACAAUCUAUCUAUCGAUAUAUUACUGUUGUUUAUCCAUUUCGUUUAUUCUGGCAAUCAGCAAGAUUUCAAGCUUUAUUAAUUUGUUCAACAUGGAUAUUCAGUUUUGUGUUUCCUAUUGCAUUUAUGUUCACUAAUAGCGUUAUUUACAAUGUCGACAAUCAAAUAUGUCAAUUACCUCUUCGAUUUGCUUUCCCUAUAAUUUAUGCGGCAUUUUGUAUCUAUAUAAUUCCCGUGUCCCUGAUUAUGCUUAUUUAUUUAAAAUUAGUUCGAUAUGUAAAACAAAUGAGUAAACGUGUAACACCUAUUAAUGUAUUAGCUCGCGCAGAAAAAGAAUUAAGAAUGGUUCAACGUACAGUUAUACUUGUAAUAAUGUUAUUAGCAUUUGGUAUUCCGUAUACAGUAAUUAUCAUCAUGUCAUUUUUCACCAAUCCACCAAAAUAUCGUUUUCGUAUUGCUUAUAUAUUUAUCGAUGUAUCAUUAGCAUUUGUGAUGAUUACUUUAUUUAAGUUUACUGAUCCACUUCGAACAUCUCUUAUGAGAAGAGUCAAUGGACGAACAAAUACGGUAGUAGCAACAAUGACAUAA